AUGGCGCUGACCCCUCACCCCUCCCACCCCCGGCCUAAUCACCUGCUGAUUGGUCCACGCGGGGCCCCCUCCCGCUGUCAAUCACAGCCACUUAGAGGGGAGCAGCGAGGAAACAGUGACGAGGAGGAGGAGGAGGAGGAUGAAGAGGAGGAUGAGGAUGAAGAGGAGGAUGAGGAUGAAGAGGAGGAUGAGGAUGAAGAGGAGGAUGAAGAUGAAGAGGAGGAUGAAGAUGAAGAGGAGGAGGAGGAUGAAGAGGAGGAGGAGGAUGAAGAGGAGGAGGAGGAUGAAGAGGAGGAGGAGGAUGAAGAGGAGGAGGAGGAUGAAGAAGAGGAGAAGGAGGAGGAUGAAGAUGAAGAGGAGGAGGAGGAGGAUGAAGAGGAGGAUGAAGAGGAGGAUGAGGAUGAAGAGGAGGAUGAAGAGGAGGAUGAGGAUGAAGAGGAGGAUGAAGAUGAAGAGGAGGAGGAGGAGGAUGAAGAGGAGGAGAAGGAGGAGGAUGAAGAUGAAGAGGAGGAUGAAGAGGAGGAGGAGGAUGAAGAGGAGGAGGAGGAUGAAGAGGAGGAGGAGGAUGAAGAGGAGGAGGAGGAUGAAGAGGAGGAGAAGGAGGAGGAUGAAGAUGAAGAGGAGGAGGAGGAGGAUGAAGAGGAGGAUGAAGAGGAGGAUGAGGAUGAAGAGGAGGAGGAGGAGGAUGAAGAGGAGGAUGAAGAGGAGGAUGAGGAUGAAGAGGAGGAGGAGGAUGAAGAGGAGGAGGAGGAUGAAGAGGAGGAGGAGGAUGAAGAAGAGGAGAAGGAGGAGGAUGAAGAUGAAGAGGAGGAGGAGGAGUAUGAAGAGGAGGAUGAAGAGGAGGAUGAGGAUGAAGAGGAGGAUGAAGAGGAGGAUGAGGAUGAAGAGGAGGAUGAAGAUGAAGAGGAGGAGGAGGAGGAUGAAGAGGAGGAGAAGGAGGAGGAUGAAGAUGAAGAGGAGGAUGAAGAGGAGGAGGAGGAUGAAGAGGAGGAGAAGGAGGAGGAUGAAGAUGAAGAGGAGGAGGAGGAGGAUGAAGAGGAGGAUGAAGAUGAGGAUGAAGAGGAGGAUGAAGAGGAGGAUGAGGAUGAAGAGGAGGAGGAGGAUGAAGAGGAGGAGAAGGAGGAUGAAGAGGAGGAGGAGGAGGAUGAAGAGGAGGAUGAAGACGAGGAUGAAGAGGAGGAUGAGGAUGAAGAGGAGGAUGAAGAUGAAGAGGAGGAGGAGGAGGAUGAAGAGGAGGAGAAGGAGGAGGAUGAAGAUGAAGAGGAGGAUGAAGAUGAAGAGGAGGAUGAAGAGGAGGAAGGACAGUCAUUUUAAAAACAUCCUUCGUCCUGGGAAAAAGUUAAAUCCAUUUGUAAAUACUAAAAAACAGGACAUAAAAGGAUGACAAGCUGUCAGAUAAGAUUCUGAAAUAAAAUAAACACAACAUACACAAAUAAUAAGAUACCUGGCCAGAAUGUUAAUGUUCAGAAAAUCUUCAAAUAAAGUUCUGUAAAGUUCAA